AUGCGUAAAAUGGAACCGAGCCCUCAUGCCCUCCUUCCUCUUCCCAGUCCCAGCAAACUAAUGACACCACCCAAGUCUCGGCCACGCCUCAUUGACCUCCCUUCGCGUCUUCCUACGAAUCAGUCUCUCACUCACACGCGAGUGCCUACAAAGGUUAUUGUACAGCGUCGCGAAAUGAAUCGGCUGAUCGAUGUAGGUGAUGGCACCGUUGGCGCUCAUGUCCUGAUGCCUCAUGAUAGCUUUGGCGACGGCCUCGGCCUGGUUUGCAGACGCGCCGUCGUCCUUGAGGGCUUGGAGGGCGUUGAAGCCGCCGCAGAUGUCAAAGGACUUGCGAGUUGCGGUGAGGUUUUGACGUAG